AUGCCGCAGCAAUCCUACAGAACAUCCAAUAUGCAUGCAUCCCCGGGUGGAGUACUUCCGACCGCCACCAGCAAGGAAGACCUGCGGAAUGAGAAUUCCUUGAAAGCAUAUAAGAUACUGGGGACCGCCGAUGGCUCCCUCAAUGAGAACCAUCCGAGACGAGAGGAUAAACGACGCUCGCGACGACCCAGCUUCAUGAGGGCCCCGGAAAUCAAAUCGCAGAAAACCGCGGGGUUUGUUCCCUUCCCAGUUGCUACGCAAGAGACCCUUCCACCGCAGCACCUUCGUGUUCGGGCAUCAUCGCCUCUGCUAGGCCACGAUUAUCGCCCCGAAGAUGCCUCCGAAAAAUCCUUUCCAGCGCCUUCCAAGAAAGUCCACCAGGCUGGCUCCACCUCUGCGCUGUUCUCGUAUUUCAGUUCACGAGAGUCGACAAUCGACUCAAACCCUGGUCCUGGAAUCGCGACGAGCGACUUUAGCUCUCCUGCCAGCACCAAGUCAGGGCCUCAGCAAAAUGGCGAGUCCAACUUUGGGCCCAGACAGCCAAAAGGGCCCUUGAAGGAGUCAAAGCGGAAAAUGCGUCCACCCCGGAUUGAUCUCUCAUUACUCUUUCCGAAGCCACGAGCAAACGCCGAGCCAUUGCUGUCGCCACAGCGCAUGGUCAACUCGCCUUCUGCGAUCUCCGUGGUUUCGGAAAAUCCUGUCGUCAAAACGCAGCCAGAAAGCCAUGAUACUGCGAAGAAGCUCAUGAAAACGCCGCCACGCUCAAAAGGCUCUACUCGAAUGCACGGUUACGAGGCCCAUGAGUUAUCUACUUCUCACGAGUCAAGAAACUCGAGUUGGUCCAAUCCCUCCUUGGAGAGGACAGUGCCAACCAGCGAGAUCGACGAGGCUCUGCAGAAGUACAGUAACGUGCAGCAAAGCCCCCAGAGAAAGGACAAAAGUCGCAGCAGCCGCUUAUAUUUCGUACCUCACACCAUAGAGAAGUCACGGACGAGGGAUUCGAACCCCACAGACAACAAUGCGUGGAGAGCUUCUACUCAGAGCUCUGCCAGUGGGUGGAGCAAGGAGACAUACCUGUCCCCAAGAACCUAUUUACGCCCAAGCCUGCCACGCGUCCCCGAUCUCCCCGAUCACAGGCAGACCAGCUCGUACGCGAAUGCCUCUGGGGGGAAAGAUGCGAUGCUGAAAAAGAGCAGUCGAACGACGCUGAAGAAUGCGGACCUGAACAACUCCAGCGUACUUUGUCUCUCUUCCUCGGAGGACGAGGACGAGGACGACGAAGACUUCCCCAGGGAAAGCCAAGCUGUAAGAGGCAGCGUCCAGACCUACGGCGAAUUUGAACCCGAAAUCUGCACCGCUUCGCAGGCUACCAAGGGCACGGUACGAAGCGUUGACUGGCCUAUUCCGAGUAAUCGAUCGCGUUCCACCCAGAGACACCACUCUGCCCAGCGAGACACCUCCGUAUCAUCGGCAGGAAGAUCGUCAGCUGUGGACAGAAGUCAAUCUCGUGCCAGUGAGAUACCCACGAUUUCGGAGCCAGAAUUUUUCCACGGGGAUCCCAUCUUCAGCCAAGCCCGGAAUAGUGUGCGCAAGGACCCUGGCCGAUCGCAAAAGGAGGCCAACAGAAGGAGCCGCGUGAUCGCGGUGACGCGACAGGAGGAGCAUCUCCUCGAAGCCAUGCGACUGCGGCAAGGGAAGAUCACGCCGAGCAUUUUCCAGGAAGCCCGUUCGGAAGCCCGCUCUCAUAAUCAAGAGCUUGACCAAGGUUCUAUGCUGUCUGUCCCUUCGCGGGACUCAUUUUAUGGUUCGGACAUGUCGUUCUUACGUCUCAGUCCCGCUUUCCCGACCAAAUCCACGGAGACGAACAGCGACCGAGAAGGGUCCGUUUCUCGGAGCACCUUUUCAGAUGCGGAACAGAGAACCAUCAACUCAUUCCCUUCUCCCCGGACUAGCGUUGCCUACUCGACGGUCUCCUCACCCGCGAGCGGAGCAUCGCCCUUGACACCGACGCUCCCUAUCCAUCGAUUCUCACCCCUGCCCUCACAGAAGCCGCCUCCCCGCCACGCUCCCCCCGCCGCGCCUCGAGAGAAACGCCGGCAUUCGAGGAGACGCACGGACAGCAGCGAGGCGAUCGUCCUGGAGGAAUCGGACGAUACGAAGCAAAGCGAUGAGCUUCCCGUGUGGUCAUUAAAGUGGAACCAUGAGACCGGUACUAUGACGGCUGUGCACUGA